UGGAGCAGGGGUGGGCAGUAGGCUUCCUGCGAAGGGAUUUUCCCGAGGCGAGAGCUCAUCUCCUGCCUUCUUCAGUUUGGUUGCACAUCCCUCGUUGACCCCCGCAGCCUUCGGUUCCCCCGGGGAUUCUCAGAUCUCCGAGGACACGGGCAGAGGAGCGGGCGUUUUCCUCCUAAGUGCAUAAGUCCCCCGCACACGCUCGCAGAGAGCGCGGCGGCUCGGCCCGGUCCCCUCGUGCCCUCAGCAUCCUCGACCCAGCUCCGCUCGGACCACCAUGGAGGUGCUGGAGAGCGGGGAGCAGAGCGUCCUGCAGUGGGACCGCAAGCUGAGCGAGCUGUCAGAGCCCGGGGACACCGAGGCCCUCAUGUACCACACGCACUUCUCAGAACUUCUGGAUGAGUUUUCGCAGAAUGUCUUGGGUCAGCUCCUGAAUGACCCUUUCCUCUCCGAGAAGAGUGUGUCGAUGGAGGUGGAGCCAUCACCGACCUCCCCAGCACCUCUCAUCCAGGCUGAGCACAGCUACUCCCUGUGCGAGGAGCCUCGGGUCCAGUCACCGUUCACACACAUGACCACCAGCGACAGCUUCAAUGACGAUGAGGUGGAAGGUGAGAAAUGGUACCUGUCUACAGACUUCCCUUCAACCACCAUCAAGACAGAACCCAUUACCGAUGAGCCACCUCCAGGACUUGUUCCCUCUGUCACUCUGACCAUCACAGCCAUCUCCACCCCUUUUGAAAAGGAGGAACCCCCUCUGGAAAUGAGCACUGGGGUUGAUUCCUCAUGCCAGACCGUUAUUCCUAAGAUUAAGCUGGAGCCUCAUGAAGUGGACCAGUUCCUAAACUUCUCUCCUAAAGAAGCCUCCGUGGACCACCUGCACUUACCGCCAACCCCUCCUAGCAGCCACGGCAGUGACUCAGAGGGCAGCCUGAGCCCCAACCCUCGCCUGCACCCCUUCGGCCUGCCUCAGACCCACAGCCCCGCCAGAGCCGCGCCCCGGGCCCCCUCUGCCCUGUCCAGCUCUCCUCUCCUCACAGCGCCUCAUAAACUGCAGGGGUCAGGCCCAUUGGUCCUGACAGAGGAGGAGAAGCGGACUCUGAUUGCUGAGGGCUAUCCCAUCCCCACCAAAUUGCCCCUAACAAAAUCAGAGGAGAAGGCCCUGAAGAAAAUCCGGAGGAAAAUCAAGAAUAAGAUUUCUGCCCAGGAAAGUAGAAGGAAGAAGAAAGAAUACAUGGACAGCUUGGAGAAAAAGGUGGAGUCUUGUUCAACUGAGAACUUAGAGCUUCGGAAGAAGGUGGAGGUUCUGGAGAACACCAAUAGAACUCUCCUUCAGCAGUUGCAGAAGCUUCAGACUUUGGUGAUGGGCAAGGUUUCUCGUACCUGCAAGUUAGCUGGCACACAAACUGGCACCUGCCUCAUGGUCGUUGUGCUGUGCUUUGCUGUUGCAUUCGGCAGCUUCUUUCAGGGCUGUGGGCCCUAUCCUUCUGCCACCAAGAUGGCUCUGCCUAGCCAGCAGUCCAUGCCAGAGCCAUACACAGCCUCCAUCGUGAGAUCCAGGAACCUGCUGAUCUAUGAGGAACAUUCUCCCCUGGAGGAGCCAUCCAGCCCAGCCUCGGCUGGGGAGCUUGGGGGCUGGGACAGAGGCUCCUCCCUGCUCAGGGCAUCAGGGCUGGAGACAAGGCCAGAUGUGGAUCUUCCCCAUUUCAUUAUCUCGAAUGAGACCAGCCUGGAGAAGUCAGUGCUGUUGGAGCUGCAACAGCACCUGGUCAGCACCAAACUGGAGGGGAACGAAACACUAAAGGUUGUGGAACUUGACAGAAGAGUGAACACCACCUUCUAAAGAGGCUGCCUCCACCCUCCUCUUCCCCUUAACUCUAUUUCUCCAUCCCCAAACCUCCUUUGUCAUCAGCCUUUCCUCUUUGCCACCGGAUCUUGAUAAAGACAUGGAUGAGUGUUAGUGGCUUUGGAUGGGCAGCCAGCCUGAGGUUUCCGCCUGCAGGGGGAGGCAGGGUCCCCACCAGUCCACGCCUACCCCCACCCUGACCCCUCCACCCCGGUGCAGAAGGGAGCCAUGUCUCUCCCUCCCUUCCUCUUACUGCCAUGGGAAAUGGUUUUAGGGGUGCAGG